ACUUAAGCGUUGCUAACCAGUGUUGCAAGCUUUGUUACUAAAAAAAAAUUCAUCCUUUGCUUUCAACAGUUCAAUUACUGGAAAAACUGAGACAAUUCACUAACAUGUGAAAUUUUAUUUUAUUAAAAGAGUUUGUACUCCAUAUUCGUUGUCAACAUCCCUUCUGAAAAUGUCAUCUAGCAUUAGCAAUGGCAAAGUUCCUCAUUCUGCACAUAAGUCUGGUGCACAUUCCUCCACAAUACGCCAGCUAAUAAAGAGCAAAGUCGAUAGCCUGUCACCGGAAACACGCCGUACCUUGCUUAUCUUAUUACGAGCGUUCGCGUUAGGUUGGUCAGUUUCUGCUUUGCCAGCUCUCUUAGGUCUAUAUAUAAAGAUGUUGGUUAAAGCCCUAAAAACCAACUCAUUGCCAAGCAUGCAAAAGCUACUCAACGAUACCCUUCGCAAGUUAUAUAAUGGAGUUGCUAGAAACGGCGUGCCAUGGCUAUUUUGUGGGUCUCUAGGUGGACAUCGACUUGUGGAACCAAUCCUUAAAAAAUUGUUGAAAGAUACUCAAAGUACCAAAGAGUCCACCAAGGACCAGAAGCGAUUAUUAGUCUCGUCGUUCAUUGCGUCUGCUCUGACAAUAUACAGUGUUCAUCGAUUAUUCCCAAGAACUGGCACUUUGGAUAUAACAUUAUUUGCAGCUGUUCGUGCAGGUGAUGUUUUUGCCCAUCGACUUGGUAGCAAUGAAUAUGCAAAGAAGAAACUUCCUUCGUGGCUUUUGCAAAAUGGUGAUGUUUUAGUUUUUGUGUUGGCCUGUACUGAGAUUAUGUUUUCUUGGUUUUUUGCUCCAACACGUUUACCAAAAUCAUAUAACAAUUGGAUCUCAAGGAUGGCAAAUAUGGAUCAAAGACUGUUGGAGGCUCUAAGAAUGAUCCGCAAGGGCGAAUUCGUUUAUGGUAAAGAUACCGGAACCCCUUCAUUGCUUAUGGAUUACUGCUCCGACAUUGGUCUCCCUCCAUCCUAUGGAGAUCCGAUAACUGGUAGAAUUCACUGUGACCUGGUUCAUGAUGGACUUGCUGGUGGUUGUGAGGCUAACGCUGCUCGCAGAUUCUCUAAAGGUUUUGCUCAAGCAUUUCUGAUUUACCUCCCUGUCCACUUACUACCCCCAUUGAUUUUCAAACGCAAAAAGCUGUUGGAUAGCCCACUGGACAACAGUAUUCAUAUCAUUAAGGCAGCCAUGAGGUCAUCAGCAUUCUUGGCGUCGUUCAUCGCUUUAACGUGGUAUGGCGUUUGUCUAACUCGGACGAGAAUUGGCCACCAACUUUUACGAAUCGACCAAUCUCGACUGGACAAUACCUUGGCACCACUGAUUGGUUGUAUGAUGUGUGGUUUCUCCAUUUUAUUGGAAAACAAGCAUAGAAGAGGUGAAAUGGCACUUUAUGUAGCCCCCCGUGCUAUCUACUCUAUAAUGGAACGAGUGCUUGGACCCCAUAGACGCGGACGCUCCUGGGAGAAAUGGACUGCUGAAGCCAGCGAAAUUGUUGUAUUCAGUGGAGCUGUGGCUACAGUCAUAGAAGCAAUGUAUAGACGUGACGACAUGGUCCGCAGCUCGGUCAAAGGAAUUAUGAAAUGGGUUCAAGACCUAUGAUUCACUACUUUCUACGCCAAUUAUCGGCGAGUAGUUCUAU